AGGUCUUGGAGUUAGACAAUGGAGUUUUGUCCUGUCAAAAUUCAGUUAUAAGGUUAAUCUUUUUCAGUCAAAGUUAUGUAAGUAAAAUGCUCAUGUUGUUUUAAUUUGUUUGGAUAUCUUAAAAAUGUCAGAUCUAAAGUAUAUUUUUAUUCUAAUCGAGUUAACGUUGAAAGUAAGAUGACAGACCGGAGCCCUAGGUCCCUACCUCCUCUCAUAGAAGGAAACUCUUAUGGGCGUUUAUCGGUGAGAAUUGAUGAAAUUCUGUGGUGUAGCAAGUUAACAAACGAAGUGAUUGUUGUUUUACAAUGGUGGGGAGACGUAGAUUCAGUAACAUUCAGACCUGCUGACAUUUCAAAGUAUCCCGAGUCAGUAAAGAGCAACAAUACUGUUCAAUACAACAUCCAAACAAAUAUAUCUCUCUUUGAGACUUAUUUAAAACAGUGUAAUAAAUUGAAACUUCUGGUUGUGAAUGAUGAAAACAAAGAGAUUGUUGGUCAUGUUGAAAUAAGUAACUUACUUGACCACAUAACUAAGAUACAAUUGCAGAAGUAUUUCCCAAUCGUAACAUCUUCAGGCAAAAGAAUUGGUGACUUACGAGUUGAUUUUGAACUAUCCAUGAACGCGUCAUCUGAAGAAACAUCCAAGAAAACUAGGAAAAGAUCUCGCAAAAAAUCAAAGACCGGCAUUAAUUCGUCUAGAUCAACAAUUGAAGAAGAAAAAUCCAAACAAUUCAAAAAGGGCUACAAGACUUGCCCCACUCAUAUUAAUAUUCCCAAAGACUCUUCUAAAGAAAAAUUUGUAAAUUUUGAUAUGCCUGAAUCACCGAAGACCAAUCAGGCACCUCCAAACACAGGGAGGUCCGAAGCUUCCGAUUAUGUACUGCUAGAUGUUCUUGAGAAGGGAAAAAAGCUACGAGAUGCAAUGGUUUUAAGUGUCUUGGAGGAUUCAGACUAUCCUGUUGAUAUACAUGACGAAUUACUUUUAAAACUUGACAACAAUGAUGAAAAAUACAACAAAACCGCUUACAAAUCAAGCAGUAGCACUAAGAGUGGAGAGUUAGUAACACCUCAUGAAGAGAAGUUAAUCAGCAACUAUUUGGAGGGUAAAGUUAUGAAAGAAGAAGAAGAAAAGCUUGUUUUAGCCACACUCCAUUCGGAAAAUCUUCACGGGAAUUCAGUUGUUACAAAUGAUCUUCAAAAUCAGGAUAACUGUAACUCUGCAAAUACCAGCUGCCCGCCAUCUACCUUUGGUCAUCCAGCGGGCACCAGCAACAUUGGCAUCAAUUCUCUUACUGUUGCAGGGAAAAAUGUGAGAGAUUUGAUGAAGAAGAUCAACUGUUUCCGAAUCACUGUAGACAGCCUGACUCUUACUCCAGCUGGCUGGAAGAAGAUAAAUCAAGCUGUUGACAACAAAAACAAGAACGGUGACCUGGUGCCACCCCCUGGAGCCACUUACUUUGUCGAGUGUCAGUUUGUUGAAGACUCCCCCAGGUCCCAGGCUCAAAGCUGGAAGGCCUCCCCUCUCAGGUUCUGUUCCCGAAGGCAAAUCCAAGAUGUGGUGUACUUCGGACAGAGUUCAGCACAUUCUCUGAAGCCACCACACACUCUGCAGGAGCUGGAAGACGCCAACUGUCUGGUGUGUUGGCGGCACUUGCACCAGCGAGUGCCAGCACUGCUUGGCACCUUCAGGUUGGCACCCCUGCCACCGGGGAGUGUGGAGAUGGAGGAUACACUUCCAGUGAUCUCUGACAAUGUCACCGUCGUUGGCCACAUCAAGAUCAAGCUUCAGCUUGGCAAAGAUAAGCUGUACUAUGGCAAUGAUCUUUUAGAUGAAUCCCCACAUGAUGUUCCCACUGUGAAAACACCAAAUGAAACAGAACGUGACAUAACUUUUCGAUCCAAAGAGACUCCUCGGCUCAAUAUGAAAGACUUGGAGGGUAAAACUGUAUCAGUUGUGGAGACUUCAACAGUAAGGAAUCACAAGGAUAACCACAAUAUUCAACCGCCUAAGGCUCCAAUGUCCAGCUGUGUUAAAAUACCAGCAUGUACUAACUGCGGACAGAACAUGAUUCUGCCCAAUCUGCAGACUCCUGAUGACACCUCCUUGUGUAUCAGCUGUUCAAGUUUACUGGGACAACAUCAAAGCCUGUCUAGACCUAACUUUGAAAUAAAUAUUCCUAAAAACUUUACCUACAAAGAAAGGCGCCACCAUGAAUUCCUGUUAGGUAUUGACAGUGUGAAGGGAUUCCCGCUGUUUGCUGAUGGUCAAGAGGAACUAAGUUGCUACAUUGACUAUAAGUUUCCUCAAAUUACACCUGGGUUCAAAGUUGAGAUGAGCCGCUCGGAGACAACCAGUCGAGUGGUUGCCGUGGAGACACAGCCCUGCCUGGCGUCUGUGCAUCGUCACUCCCUGGUGCUCCCUGUCAUGCUACCUCUGUCUCCUUUGCUGACGGCCUGUAGCUCUGGCGUCACCCUGCGACUGUGGCUGCGCUACUACAAGCCAACCCCUCGCGACCACAUGGUUGCCAUGGCCCUGUUGCCGAUGGAUGACUUGUGCCUGAUGGAGUUGGAGUUUGAUGAGAGACAACAAGAGAUCGCCAUCACCAAGGUUUUAGAGCUGCCCCUAGCUCUGGUGCCAUCAUCCGUAACGUCUCCUUACCAGAAGUGUCCGUCAGGAACACUGCGAGUCUCCGUCACAUACUCUAACUUCAUAGCUCCUCCCACCCCGGUACAAACCAGGGAGCUUCAAGCCAAUGUGGAGAGUAAAGGCAGAGAAGGGGAUCGACAUGCAUCACAUCACGAACUGAAGCCUAUCAGCGCACUGCUAGAUAGAAUAUCUGCCACAUGUCCUGACGCUCUUAGAGAACCCAAUACAGAACUAGCAAUACAGAAGAAUAGAUUUUGGAUCGGUCCUUUUAAUACGGAUAAUCAUUGUUUGCAGAAAUCUCAAGACAAAGGUUUGUUGGAUAAUCCUGUAAACAAUACUGUAAUGUCAAAUAACAAAGUUGACUCAGCAAAAGAAAGAGAUCAAGUGAGUUCUUCUCGACCAGUUAUGAAGGAAGAUUUAGACAUUCUUGCUGAAAGUAUUGAACAUAGGUUUAACCGACUUCAAAGUGAAUUGUUGAAAGAAAAACAAAGAGGGCUUGCGGAAGUGAGCAGUAUUGUCACUGGCUCUAAGAAAAUCAAUAGCUCUUUGAACGGUGAUCUUGAUGAUUUUCUAUCCUUUCACUCACCAUUGAGUUCAAACAGUUCGAUGGAAAGUUUGCCAUUUAUAUUAGGCCCUCCUGCUGAUUUCAAAGACACACUGAACACAGUCGCUCACACUGGAGGGAAAGCUUUUUCUGAAUCAACCAGUGACAAAAGCGUCUCGGACACCAUUACUGGAUUCUUCAAGGAAGAAAAGGAUGUUGCCAAUUAUGUUUCCAAUGAGUCUCUCGACAAAAAUAUACCCAAGCCUGAGAAGACAAAACCAAAGACUUUUAAAGCGAUGAUUAAAAUUGACCGGGCAGUUAAUUUAAAGGCUGUUAAAGCUCCGUCUAAUGGCAAGAAGGGGAAAGUACCUCCUAGCAGUUGGGUUUCUUUCGGGAUUGGCGAUUGUUGUGAACAGAACUGUGGGACUGGAGGACUUGUUUGUGCUGGACCGAGAUUCACUACUCCUGUUGUCAGAAGAAACCACAACCCCAUCUGGAACCUGUCCUGGGACGUAGACCUUCCAGUGGAAUACCUACAGAAGGAGGAAAAGCGGCUAGUGUUUAGUGUGUUUGAAGAACAGCUGAGCUUGUGUGUUGGACGAGCCUCUACCUCUGUAGCCAUCCUGCGCUCUGGCCUGCCUUGUCUGUCCACCUGGCUCAGUAUUGACGACUCUCAGGGGGCCUGCAGAGGACAACUCAAGGUUGUUGUUACUCCUUUGGAAGAUGUGCAACAAUAUCAGAACUGUUCAGUAUUCGAUAUUGAAGAAGAUUAUUUUGAGGAACCAAAAGAAGAGAUUUUAGACAACAUUUUGGAAAAUGAAAGACAGAUAGUUCCUGCCUUUGUUGCAAGCCAAACCGAAGUAUUUUUAAAUGAAGGAGAGAGCACAUCAUCCGAAAAAGAAAAAGCGCAUGAUAUAAAUGACCAAAUCGAUAACACUGAGGCUAUUGAAGGGGAGGACCCAUUCUUAGCCGAUGACAUUAUUAGCGAUUACAAGAAUACUCUUGAGAACAACUUCAGAAAUGAAAUGGCUGGACUUGAGAAUCUCAUAAAAUUUUUAAGAGUCGGGUCCAUGAGCAGUGAACUUUCGUUUUUUAGAUCCACAGAAAACAAAGAAAACCUUUCCUCUAAUCCAUCACCGCAGUACUACGGUGGAGACACAAGAUCAGCUGUUUUAGAGCCCCUUAGCAACGCUUCUCAAGUUAAAAUGCCUGCAAGUAACCACUCCUUGAAUCAUAGCAGCCAAAAAGACCGUUGCUUGUUAGACGCCACUACAGAAACAGGAGACAAUUGUGGAUAUACAUCAACUCAACAAAACGGCGAGGAUAUACUUUCCAAAUUACUUCACCAAAUAUCAAAUUUUCAACCGGCGUCGAUAAAAAUCACAGAUAACACUAGUCAGACUUUACCUCCAGAAACUAAAGAGUCAUCUACAGAAACAAGUGAUAAACCAGAGCAAUCAGAAACAAGUUCUGUCUGUAUGAAAGACGCAAGCACAGAAACAGAUGACAUCACUGAGCAACGGUCACCUCAGAAUGAAAAUCUAGGGUCUCGUCAUGUUUGUGAGGAGUUGGGAAAUGUUUUGUUGCAGCAUUUCCUAACCUGCAAACCUCCCCCUGUAAAAGUAGCGGACGGCGUGACUCAAACUGACUGUCAAGACGGAGUAUCGACUGUAAACAGCUCCGGAGUGUUCAUGUCUGGAAUCUCUGUUGAUUCAAGGGAUCUUCAGGAUAGGAACCAAUCGAGAGCUCAGACUAGUGGAUCAGCACCUGACAACAACCUAAGAGACCUAGAGAAGUUCUUGAAACAAAAAAUACCAGUUAGACAACACACAUGUGGUAGUUCAGAAGGAAGUGUUUCAUCAACAUCUGUUAACGAGCUGAUGGAUUUUAGUGGCAAAGACAGUCGGUCAUCUAGUGAUCUUGAGUCACUUGAAAGUUAUUCACAAGUCACAGUUCAGCCGAGAGAAACACCUGAUGGGGGGAAUCCAUCUGUUGCACCCGACCCGCCUAGCAACAGUGGCAAUAUGGAGACUUCUGUGAGGAGGAGAGGAACCUUCGUCAUAAGUAAAGCCACUGGUGACAACGAGCAUCCUGAGGAAAAGCCAUCUGGAAAUACGGCUUAGAAAUUUUAUUAGAAUCCAGUAUUGAAGUCUCCGUCCUAUGUACAGUUCUCGUCUUUUUUGGUGCUCCUUGCUGUAUUUAUUCGCCAAGUCAAUUUACCUUUAUGUUAUAUGUACUUUUUUAUCACAUUUUUAUUUUAAUAAAUGUUUUUAAAUCCA